AUGGCUGCAAAGCCAUUAAUAACGUUGGAGAUUAGACAAAAGGUACACUCUGGGAAUGAAAUUAGGAUGUGGGAAGAUCUUUGGAUCCCAACGAUACCGGAGAGACCAGCUAGGUCAAUUGCACCAGUACUUCACCCAAUGAUGCCAACGAUAUCAUGGCAACUAGCAGUAACAAGUAAUCUGACUCAUCGUCAUAUAAGAUGCGACAACUAUUGUCCUCGCUGUGGUGCAGAUGAUGAAACUAUAAAUCAUGCCAUCUUUGAGUGUCCUCCUGCCGUACAGACAUGGUCACAUGCGUCAACCCGAACACCUCCAACACUUUUCCCAAGUGGAAGUCACUUCACAAAUAUAGAUUACCUCUUCUGGUGGAAGAAUGAUAUUGAAGAUCCAGAAUUAGACAAGGACCCAUAUCCAUGGAUCAUAUGGUAUAUUUGGAAAGCGAGGAACGACAAACUCUUUAGAGGAAUAGACAGGGACCCUUUGGAAACUGUCAGACACGAUGAAUCUGAAUGCCAAGCUUGGUUUGACGCAAAUCAAAGACCGGAAGAAACGGUGGAAGAACAAAAUACAGAAGGGGCUCCAAUCUCCGAGCGAUGCAUGACAGAUGGGUCAUGGACACAUGACGCACUCUUUAGUGGUUAUGGAUGGAUAUGGGUAUCGACAUGUCAAUCUUUUGGGACUGACUGCAAGGACUUAAUCUCGAUGAUCAAAGAUCCUAAAGCAUGGCCGAGCUUUUCUACUGAGCUGGUUGUUCUGUUCCGGUCUUGUUCCCCAGACCACCUCAAGCUUGAGUAA